GUAAGAAUCGUAAUCAGUGAAUGAAUACAAAUGUGAACGGUCGGUAAAACGUAUGAUUUAGGUUAAUUUUUAAUGAUUUAAUUGUCGUCCGUUUAAAUGAUCUCGCGUUAUAACAAAAGUGAUAUCGAGUAAAUAGACUACGGUCUUACGAUUAAAAACAUUGACAAUGCCAUAAUGAUGAAGUUUAUCGAAUUAUUGACGACCUGUGUCGUUUUUCAAUAUCUAAUUUCUUUUUGUACGACACAUUUACUUAUAAACGUGAAAAAUCAAGGUGGUGAUAUACUUCUUGAAACUAUAUCAUCUAAUGUUACCGAAGAUGUAAUUACAUUGGAAUUUCAACGUUCUGAUGGUACACUUGUAACACAAUUGAUAGACUUUAAAAAUGAGGUACAAGUGAUAAAGGCGUUGGUUCUAGGGGAAGAAGAAAGAGGACAAAAUCAAUAUCAAGUUAUGUGCUUUGUUAAUCAUUUUUAUAAAGUCGAUUUUAUAUCCUCCGACGCUAUGUCUAAAUUACGUCAAAAAAAUCCAGGCACCGUACGUGUUGCCGAAGAGGAUAAAGGUCAUGCCAAUUAUACUAUGGACUUGUUUUUGGAUGUCUCUCAAUCCAAGGAUAUUUCUAAACACGUAGCUAGUCUUUGUAACGAAGCAGCUGGUUCAGCUUAUACAAGAAACGAAGAUAUUAAACAAUGGAUUCAAAGGCCAGGCUCCACAGAGACGUCAUUAAUGGCAGCUGUUUACAACUUUACGUCUACUACUGCGUCACAACAAAAUCCAACUGAAACAAGGUCACAAUUUGUCUCUAAAUGUGCUGACACAUCCAAUUUAUGGGUACCUUGUACCUGUUCUUUAGAACUUUGUAUUGGUUGGUAUCCAUGUGGAUUGAAAUUUUGUAAAGGUAAAACCGAAGGUAGAAAAAUGGCUAGCACUUAUAGAUGCGGUAUAAAAACUUGUAAAAAAUGUUUUAUAUUCACUUAUUACUCGAAAAUGAAACAAAAUUGUUUAUGGGACGAAUGACAUAUAAGAACGUUAUUAGAUAUCGAUUCAACAUAAAUUUAUCAUUGAAAUAAUGAUGCGAUUAAAUGUGCACUAUUUGUGCCUAGUCACAAAACUACUAUGAUAAAAUUCCUAUUGAAUGAACGGUAUCCGUUUGUUCACUUUCAAUUACUACAAUUUGUACAAUAAUACUAUGAGAAAUCAAACGACGAUAUAUUGGAUAUGAGAUUUUUAUUAAUUAUGCCGAUGAAAAGAUUUAUUUUCAAUAGCGUCAACUUAUCUAUAAAAUAAUUAACUUCAUUGUUAACUCGUUUGAAAAGCGAUCGUAUUUAAUAUUUUUUUUUGUUUUUGUUUUGUCUCUUUUUUUUUUUUUUUUUUUUUUUUUUUUUUGAGAAUAUCAAAUAUUCUCUUUUGCAAGUAUAACUUGCUUCAUUAAAAUUAAAAUUUUAUGUGCACAAAUUGUUACAUGUGACUCUUGUUUAGUUUUUCUUUAUAUAUAUAUAUAUAUAUAUAUUUGAAUGGAUAUAUUUGUAAUAUAUAUAUAUAAAAAAAAAAGAAGCAUAUUUAUUCAGGAUAUAUGAAAUACGAUAAAUGUGUGUCAUACACUAAAGACAUUCCAAGUUUCUGACGUUCCAUUGCGUGUUCAUUUAUAUAUAAAAACAUUCAAUUUAAUUAAUUGUGUGCACAGAUUUUUAAUUAUCAAUUUACUUUGUGUAUCAAUAAAAAGUAUGUAUAACAUUCCUAAAACGCUUGGACUUGAACUAACUAUUGUCGUUUUUCAUCAAUACUGAAUGUAUGUUUAUGAUAUAUUACAAAUGAUUCAUUCAUACUUAUUAAUAUGAUAUAUAUUUUAAUUUUUAAGGGGAUAAAGAUCAAAAAAA